AUGGGAAAUAAUGAUAUACUAAAAAUUCAAAAUUCGUAUUCCUAUGAUUUAAUAUAUUGGAAAGAAUUUUUUUCCAAAAAUAUAAAAGAAAAUGAUAUUAACUCGUCUGUUAAAAUAAAAGAUAAUAGUCUAAUAGAAUUAAAAAAUGUAAAAAUUAAUAAUAAGUAUACAUUUAGCGGGAUAAUAAAAUUGGAUAAUUAUAGUUGCCCUUGUUUUUAUGAAAAGUUCCAAAUUUGCAGCAAUAAAGAAAUAUUUGUAGGCUAUUUCAAAUGCAGACAUAUAAAAGGAUAUGGGGAAAUCAUUUCAAACGAUUAUACAUAUAGAGGAUAUAUAUCCAAUUUUAAUAAAUCUCAAAGAGGAUCGUAUUUACUCUUUUUAAUAAAUGAUAGCAAUGAUAAGAAUAGAAAAAUAAUAAAAUAUGAUGCUUAUAAAAAUAUAUCUUUGAUAUAUACUGGGAUGUGGAAAAAUGACAAAAGGGAUGGACGUGGAACGUUAAAAUUGAGCUUCACCAAAAAAAAUAAUAUAGAUUAUGCCUUAAAAGAAAAUAAAAAUAAAAUAAUAUACACUGGAUGGUGGAAAAAUGAUAAAAGAUAUUUUUAUGGAAUUCAAAAUUAUAUUAACAAUAAUUGUAUAUAUCUUGGUUUUUGGAACAAAAAUAAAAAAUGGAAAUAUGGAAAAAUUAUUUGGUAUUAUAAUCGAAAAAAAGACAUAACGUGUGAAAAUCAAAAAAAAAAAAAAAAAAAAAUACAAAAUGUGUAUAUAGGUGAAUGGGAAAAUGAUAGUAUUAAUGGGCUUGGAACUUAUUUUUGGUUUAAAAAAAAAUAUAAUAAUAAUAAUAUAAUAACACACAAAAAUGCAAAUUAUGAUAAAUAUUUAGGGUAUUGGAAAAAAGGGAAAAAAAAUGGUUAUGGAGUAUUUUAUUAUAAUUGUGGUAAUAAAUAUAUAGGUAUGUGGAAAAAUAAUAAAAAGGAAGGAUUGGGAUAUAUGAUAAAUAUUAAUGGAAGUGUCUAUAAAUGCUAUUUUAAAAAUAAUGUAAUUAUUUCGGAGGUACAAAUUAAUCCAGAAUAUCAAAUAAAUAAUGUAUAUACUAAUUCGAUAUGUAAAGUAAUUAAUUUUUGUUUUUUUGAAAACUAUUUUAAUAUAUCAAAUAAGCAAAUACAGUUACUUUAUAAAAUUAUUUACACCAACUUUGAUUUUUUAGUAGACAUUUAUGAGAGGUAUAAAAGCAGGAAUACAAAAAAAAAAAUAUAUAAAAAUGAACAAACAAAAUUCAAAACUAGUACCAAUAUUACUUUAGAUCAAAAUAAAAACCAUUUUACCUUAGUAAAUUUAUGGAAAAUAUUUUAUAAAUGUAAUAUUUUAAAUUCAAAUUUCACCUUAUCAGCUUUAAAUAAAUUAGUACUUGAUCAUACAGCUAUUUGUGAAGAAAAUGAAUUAUUUAAUAUAUUAAAACAAAAUAUACCAAAAAAUGAUAUAGAAUUAUUCCCAUUAGAGGAAAAGAAAAUUAUAAAAUAUUUUUUUUAUAAAUCUUGUGAUAUUUUAAAUAUAUUACAAUUUUUCCCUAAAAAAUGUAAAAAUAAAUAUAUCUCUCUUUUAAGAGAGCAUAAAACAUAUUAUGAAAAAGAAACAAAAAAUGAAAUAAACAAAACACCAUCACCACAAGAUGAAGUAAUAAAUCUUAAAAAUAAAAAACAGACACAUACAAUACAAAGUUGUCAUUAUCCCACAAACUAUUAUUUCAAUGCAGACACUAACACUAACAUUAAAGAUCUAUAUAUUGAUGGGAAAAAAAAUGAAAAUUGUAAAUGUAAUUAUAAUUAUAAUAGUUUAAACGAUAUAUCAGAUUUAUUAAUAAAUUAUUCUAAAAAUUGUAAAAUAUCAAACAAAUUUUGUGGUCUUUUAAAAUAUGCGAUUUUUAAUAAAGAUUUAUACAUAUUAAAAGGUUGUAAGGAAUUAUAUAAAAUAAUCAAUUUUAAUAAAAAAAAAAUAAAAUUUAAACAAAUUUUAGAGAAAAUAUAUUUUUUCUUGAUCAAUAAUAAAAAACAGUAUAAUAAUCAUUACUUGUAUUAUGUGUUAUAUAGUUUGUUUGAAUCAUCCACACCUUUGAUUUGUUCAUUUUUAUCUAUGAUAAGGAAUAAAAGUAAAAAAAAACAAACUACAAAAGGAAAAAAAAAUAGUCGAUUAUUAGAAACGCAUAACAGUAGCAUGAUUUCUACACACUAUGAUAAUAAAAGUAAUGACAAGGAAAUAAAAUUAAUCGAAACCCAAAAAUAUAUUAACAAUACAAAAUUUAGUCAAAUAAAUAGAGAAAUAUUAGAAAAUCUGCAAAAUGAGGAUUUUACUGCGCAUUUAAAAAAUAUAAUUGAGUUUACAAAUGUAUAUAAAUAUAAUAUACACGAAGAAACGCGAGAAAUAAGUUUUAAUUGCUUUUUGUCAACACUUGUUCAUGUAUCUAUACAAUUAAAUAAAUUUAGAAAUGUCACUGAUCAAUUUACUGACAUUAUAGAGACCUUGAAAAAAAAUUAUAUAAAAAAACAAAACCACAACUAUUACUUUGGUAGUAGGAAGUUUAUUAAGAAAAGAACUGGGCAGUUUCGUAAUAAUAACAAUAAUAAUAAUGAAACCACAGAAACAUUAAUGAAAGAUAUUAAUUACACAUUUGAUUUAACAAAAGAAAACAAAAGGAAAGCCACACUUUUGUCAUUGGAAAAUAUAUCAAAUGAAUUGUUAAACAUACUAAAAAUUUAUGUAUAUUAUUUUAUUUUUUACUUUUUAAUAUUUGAGUCAAAAGAUUGUUUUUUUUCCAUUUUUAACAUAAAGUUAGAUUUAUCCAUAAAACUUAGAGAUGUAUUAUUAUUUUUAAUUCAACUUAAAUUAGUGAAAAAAUCGAAAAAAAAAAACACAUCAACGGAAUAUAUUAAUUUAGGUAGUUAUUCCCAUACAUCUAGAAAUAAUAAUAAAAAAAAAAUUAACAUAAAAAAUAAAAUAAGUAAAAUACUGACUUGUUCAGGUAAAAAUGAUAAAAAUAUUCCAAAAAAAAUAUUAACAGUACAGAAUAAUGAUAGAGAAAAUAACAAACUAUUUAGACAUGAAAAAAAAAAAAAUAUAAAAAUGAAUUUGGAGAGUACCCGAAAAAAGGAUAAAAUUAAUAUAAAAAAAGAACGGAAAAAAAAAAGAGCAAAUUGCAAAAACAAGAGUGAACAAAAUAUAGAAACUGAAAUAAAGGAUUAUCCUGAAAUAGGAGAUAAUCAAAAAAAAAAUAAUACAUUCGAUAAUAAUAAAGAUAAUAAAAAUGUUUUAUCUCAUAUAUGUGAUAGUAAAAAUGGCAUGAACGUACGAGCUAAGAAUAAGAAUUGCUCUAAUGAAAUAUUUUUAAAAAAAAAAAAAAAUAUAUUUUCUUUGUCAUAUUUUGAAAUUUUAUCAAUUUUUUCUAAAAUAUUGAACACUAAAAACCUGCAUUUAAUAAGUGGCUCAUAUUGUGAUUUAUAUUUUAAAAAAUUAAAACAUGCUGGAAAAAGGAAAUUGUAUAAAAUUAAUAAAACUGGUAUGUUAAAAAUAUGUGCAACCCGACAUAUGGGAAUAAUACAAAGGAAAAGAAAGCAUAUUGUACUAAGUUUAUUCAAUUCUACCAAAAAAGAAAACAACAACAAAAUUUGCAGAGAUAAAACGAUUAGUACGAAUUCUGAAAAAAAUGAAAAAUGUCCAACCCCUAUUUAUACAAAAAAAUAUGGAAUGAAAAUUGUUACAUUAUUAGACAAAAAAAUGAGUGAAUUAGAUAAACAUGUGGAUAGCGAUUUUCUAAUUAUACAAUCUGAAACAUUUAAGAAAGGAAAGAAAACAAAAGAAAAAGAUAAAAAAAAUGAAAAAUGUGAGCAAAAAAAUAAACCAAUUUACGUGAAUAAUAAGGAAAAUCGUGAAUUGAAUAAGGGUGAUGAUGGAAUGGUACAAAAAACACUUAUAAAAAUUAAAAGACGACAUGAAAUAAAAAAAAAAAUAUAUUUCUUAAAAAAUAAUUACACAAAUUAUUGUAAGAAUUAUAUGAAUGUAAUUGACUAUUAUAACAUUUGUCUUACUCCAUAUGAACUUGUUUUAUUUUUUUUCAAGUUUGUUAAAAAAGUUAAAAAAAAAAGAAAAAUUAUAUCUUCAUACAUCGAAGUAUUAUCUAUUUUUAUAUUCCGCGUUUUGUUGUAUAAUACAUUUAUUAUAGCAAAAAAAUAUAAUUAA